GGGUGAAGACUUUUUAAGAUAAGAAGUAAGAAGACUAUUGCACCCUCCAAGAUCCGGUGUGUUUUAAAAAGAAAAGAAAAUCUAUCCCAUUCAGCCGCCAACACACACACACACACUCUCUCUCUCUCUCUCACACCCACAUCAAUGGCUUCCCUCACCCUCCCGCGCCACACCGGAAUCUUCUCAGGGUCCCUCCCGACGCGUCCCACCCUCAGAUACGCCGCGCCUGCCAAGGUCCGAAUGUCACUCAGCGAGAGCGGGCCCUCCAUCGCCGUCGUCGGAGUCACCGGCGCCGUCGGCCAGGAGUUUCUCUCCGUCCUCUCCGACCGCGACUUCCCAUACCGUUCGAUCAAGAUGCUGGCCUCCAAGCGCUCCGCCGGCCGCCGCCUCACCUUCGAAGGCAACGAGUACGUCGUGGAGGAGCUCACGGCGGAGAGCUUUGGCGGCGUCGACAUUGCUCUAUUCAGUGCCGGCGGCUCCAUCAGCAAGGAGUUCGGCCCCAUCGCCGCCGACAAGGGAACCAUCGUGGUGGAUAACAGCUCGGCGUUUCGGAUGGACGAGAAGGUUCCUCUGGUUAUUCCAGAGGUGAACCCUGAAGCCAUGCACGGUAUCAAGCUCGGAACGGGGAAGGGUGCUCUAAUUGCCAACCCAAAUUGCUCCACCAUCAUUUGCUUGAUGGCUGCUACCCCUCUUCAUCGCCAUGCCAAGGUAUUGCGUAUGGUUGUUAGCACAUAUCAGGCAGCUAGUGGAGCUGGUGCUGCUGCAAUGGAAGAGCUUGAGCAGCAAACUCGUGAGGUGUUGGAAGGAAGACCACCAACUUGUAAAAUAUUUAAGCAACAGUAUGCUUUUAAUAUAUUCUCGCACAAUGCAUCUGUUCUUUCAAACGGAUACAAUGAAGAAGAAAUGAAAAUGGUCAAGGAAACAAGGAAAAUAUGGAAUGACAAGGAUGUCAAAGUAACUGCAACAUGUAUACGUGUUCCUGUUAUGCGGGCUCAUGCUGAGAGUGUGAAUCUUCAAUUUGAGAGCCCCCUUCAUGAGGAUACUGCAAGGGAUAUUCUGAAGAAUGCUCCUGGAGUUGUGGUUAUCGAUGACCGGAAAGCCAAUCAUUUUCCUACACCAUUGGAAGUCUCAAACAAGGAUGAUGUUGCUGUAGGCAGGAUUCGCCAAGACUUGUCUCAAGAUGGGAAUAAAGGGUUGGACAUAUUUGUAUGUGGUGAUCAAAUUCGUAAGGGAGCUGCACUUAAUGCAGUCCAGAUUGCUGAGAUGCUUCUAUGAGUUCUGAUAUUUGAAGGUUGUGGUACUCAAGGACUAUGCUUCUUUGGAAUCAGUUUUGUACUUGCUAGUUUGAUGCCAUUAUUCAUUCCUCUCAUUAGAUUUAACUUGUCUGAGGUUCUUUGGAAUCAGUUUUGUACUUGCUAGUUUUGAAACUAUUUAUGUUUUUUUAUCAGAGUUUAAGGCUUUUAUUUGCAAAACUUCUGUAAUCUAUAAUCCUUUUUCUAUUGGUAACGACAAGCAUCGGAAGACAAGACACCACCCAUGCUUACUGCUUAGUUCCAACCUCUACAGUGUACACAGAUCAAGAAUUGAUUGGAUUCCUCCGGUGUAUUUUAUUUUGUGUUGA